AUGGAUAAAUUAGGGUUUAGUUUGAGAAAAUUGGGAACAUUAUUGGUUGUCAGUUUCAUAGCGUUCUCUGUAUUACUAAUUUUUACUGUUAAACACCAAAACUCAAUCUUUGAUUUUGUUGGAGGAUUUUCCAACCACAAUCUUACUGCUUCUUCAACUCUCUUGAAACAAAGAACUCGAAAUAAUACAGUUAAAGCAGAAUCACUGGUGUUGGGAGAUAAAGAUCAGAAUGCUGUGACAGGGAUCUUUCAAGAACCACCACUUCAGACACACACAAUCUUAGAUAUUGGUCCAAAAGAUCAUUCACUUGAAGACCAAAAAAAGGAUACAUCUCUAUCUUCUAUUACCAUUGCUAAUGACCAAUUACUUGAUGGACUUCUAGUUUCCGCAUUUGAUGAAGCAUCGUGCUUAAGUAGGUAUCAAUCUCACUUAUACCGUAAAGCUUCCCCUUAUAAACCUUCUGCAUAUCUGAUAUCCAAGCUACGAAACUAUGAAAAUCUUCAUAGAAGUUGUGGACCUCGUACAAAAUCAUACAAUAAAGUCAUGAGAAAGGGCCCAAAACUUGGCAAAAUUGAUGCACGUACAAAUUGCAAAUAUCUUGUCUGGACAGCUUCUAAUGGAUUGGGGAACAGGAUGAUAACCUUGGCUGCAGCAUUUCUUUAUGCUAUCCUCACGGACCGGGUUUUACUUGUCAAAUUUGGGGCUGACAUGUUUGGUCUCUUUUGUGAGCCAUUUCCCAAUUCCUCAUGGUUACUUCCAAGGAACUUUCCUUAUUGGAAAGAUCAGAAACGUAUUGAAACAUAUGAAAACAUGCUAAUGAAUAGCAAGAAAAACAGAUCAAAUGGGCUUUUGCCGCAAUUUCUCAUUCUUAAUCUACAGCACACCCAUGAUGGUCAUAACAACUUCUUUCAUUGUGAUCGAAGUCAAGGUCUUCUCCAAAAAGUUCCCGUACUAAUUUUGUCGUCGGAUCAAUAUUUUGUCCCUUCCCUUUUUAUGAUUCCAUCUUUUACACAAGAACUGAGCAACAUGUUCCCUAAGAAAGACACUGUUUUUCACCAUCUGGGGCGUUAUCUUUUCCACCCGUCCAAUGAGGCAUGGGAACUAAUUAGCAGGUUCUAUGAGGAGCACUUAGCCAAAGUAAAUGAGAAAAUUGGCUUGCAGAUUAGAGUAUACAACACUCACCGAGCACCACAUGAAACCAUUAUUAAUCAAAUUCUAGCCUGCACCCUUAAGCAUAAGCUGCUGCCUGAUAUCGGUGUGCCAAAGACAUCAGUGACAUCUGUUUUAAAGAAGCAGACAUCAAAAGCUGUUCUAGUGGCAUCUCUAUAUUCUGAAUAUGGUGAGAAGCUGAGGACUAUGUAUAAGGCAAAUACAACUGUGACUGGGGAGGUAAUAUAUGUUUAUCAGCCAAGUCAUGAAGGGCAUCAAAAUUCAAAGAAUGACACGCACAAUAUCAAAGCAUGGACGGAAAUAUAUCUGCUGAGUUUGUGUGAUGCAUUGAUCACAAGCCCCAAGUCUACUUUUGGGUAUGUUGCUCAUAGUCUUGGAGGUUUAAAGCCAUGGAUUCUUGAGAGGGCAUAUGGGGAAACCAUCCCAAAUCCACCUUGUCGACGAGCCAAGUCCAUGGAGCCUUGUUUCCAUUAUCCUCCAAAGUAUGAUUGUAGGGCCAACAACACAGUUGAUUUUACUUCCCUUUUUCAUCACAUGAAGCAUUGUGAAGAUGUAUCUAGUGGACUGAGGUUGGUUAGUGUUAAUCACUAG